UUUAACAGACGCCAAAAAACUGAAUGUGAUUUCCAGAAGAUGGCGACCGCUCUGGUGGUGUCAACUUCAGUUCCUCCAAAUCCUGAAAAGGAAAAAUGCGAAACAACCAUUCAGAAGGUUGUGAGUCCUGAAGCGUACAUCAAACACCCAUUACAAAACAGGUGGGCACUUUGGUUUUUCAAGAAUGACAAAAGCAAAACAUGGCAAGCCAACCUUCGUCUCAUUUCCAAGUUUGACACUGUGGAAGACUUCUGGGCAUUAUAUAAUCACAUUCAGCUAUCAAGUAACUUGAUGUCUGGCUGUGACUAUUCACUCUUUAAGGAUGGGAUUGAGCCCAUGUGGGAGGACGAAAAGAACCGACGAGGUGGCCGCUGGCUGAUAACUCUCUCCAAGCAGCAACGUAAAUCAGAUCUUGACCGGUUCUGGUUGGAGACGCUCUUGUGUCUUGUGGGUGAAGCAUUUGAUGACUACAGCGACGAUGUUUGUGGAUCGGUCAUCAACGUCCGAGCCAAAGGAGAUAAAAUAGCUAUUUGGACCACAGACUAUGAAAACAAAGACGCCAUCACACACAUAGGGCGUGUGUAUAAAGAGAGGUUAGGCGUCCCGCCAAAAGUGAUCAUUGGUUACCAGUCGCAUGCAGACACAGCCACAAAGAGCGGCUCCACAACCAAGAACAAAUUUGUUGCCUGAGGAUUCAUCAACCAAGAUUUAUUUUUUUUUGUCUGUCAGCAUAGAUUUUCUGUUAUGUGUCCACGAAUGUAACUGACGAGUUUAUCCACCAAAACAAACAUUUGAAAUGGAGAUAAAGUACCUUCCUUCAUAUUUGCCUGUUGGUUGACACUUGACCAAAGCUUUUGUUUAUGGUGACAGUAUGCGCAGUCAGAAAUGUAGCACUUGUUUGGAAACUUUAUUUUUGUGGUUGUGGGCUGCCAGUUUUAAUUUUCAAAUGCAGCUGGGGAAAUUUAAUUUAUCUAGCCCUUAGUGUAUACCAAUACGUUUUUGUUAAAGUACUUAAUAUUAAAGGCAACAAUUCAAGUACAAAGGUUUUAGUUUGAUAUGAAGUGUAGCUAUUCGUACUGUACGUGUCACUCCAUGUGCAGGAUCAGUGUACAGGUUUACUGAAGGUCAGCUUUUUAACUAUACAUUUGAAUUGUACUCGCAUCUUUUGAAAACUCACACAGCGACGGUACCUUUAGUUCAGCUUGUCUUCAUAGAAAUGUCCGGAUGGUGCAUUGACGUCUUUGUGUAGCUGUCGUACUAUUUUGGGAAGAUGGACAUCUUUAAAAGUCACUUUAUCUGAGUUUAAAAUGCCCAGUUUCUUUUCAGGCUGCUUGGGCAAUAUGAAAACUGUUAGACACUUGUGAUGCUUGACAGUGAUUGUCUAAAGACUCUGAAGGUCGAAGCUAACCCACUAUAACCGUGAACAUGAAUAUUCACAGUGAAAUGGACCAAUCCUAUGUCAUACCUUAGUUUUUGUUUUUUUCUUACUUGAGCGAAAGCAUUCUAUAACUGCCAGUCAUUACAUACCUGAGGUGUUGAGUGUCAUUGAGAAUUUUGAGUUGCACAUAAAGAUCUCACAGGAACAGAUCUACCACAGUAUGUCUUAGAUGAAUUUUCCAAAUAUACAUCAUAGUAUUUUUUUUUUUUUUUCCUUUGUGCAAAAGCCAUAUUUUUGUGUUACAUCUGAAAGUUUACUCUUUUCUUUUGGUAUGAGUUUACAUGAUCUACUGCUUAAAGUUUACAUAGUAUGACUAUUUCCAUUCCAGACAUUGUUUUUUUUUUAUGUUGUUGUUGUAUGUGAUAAAAGCAGAAAGAAUAUUGUUUGGGGGGGGACUGAACUGUGCCUUUAAUGUAAAACCCUGCCCCGUAUUUCUGAGUUUCUGAAAUGUACAAAGAAGCAAUGUAAAUAAAGUUGUACAGUGAAGUACGUUCUCUCAAAAAAA